AUAGGAUACUGUAGAGUGUAGUGAAUGUUUUAUAUCAAGGGUCCAAUCGUUUCUGGACUCUCGUUGAUAUGUUUUGAUAUCUUGUUCAGAUCGGCGAACACAGCUAGCUGUAGUGGGUGGUUAUUGCAAACCCCAUCUAGAGAAUGGCGUUCGAUCCUAAAGAUCAUCAGCACGAACGCUUCAAUCCUCUAACCGGACAGUGGGUGCUUGUUUCUCCUCAUCGACUGAAAAGGCCAUGGACUGGGCAGGUCGAAAAACCCGAAGAAGAGAAAAUCCCUGCUCAUGAUCCGAAGAACCCACUCUGCCCGGGUGCUUCCAGACCCAAUGGAAAGGUCAAUCCUGACUACGAGAGCGUUUAUGUUUUCGACAAUGACUUUCCAGCUGUUCUCCCCGACGUACCUAGUCCAGAGGAGUCAGAUGAUCCAUUGGAGCGAGCAAGAGGAACAAAUGGCACGUGCCGUGUCAUGUGCUUUCAUCCUCGCUCUGAUGUCACCUUGCCACUCAUGUCUAUUGAGGAGAUCCGCAAAGUCAUAGAUGAGUGGUCAGUGCAGUGUAUUGACCUGGGCAAGCGAUUCAAAUGGGUUCAGGUAUUUGAGAACAAGGGCAAGGUCAUGGGCUGCUCUAACCCUCACCCACAUUGCCAGAUCUGGGCCACGUCCAACUUGCCAAAUGAAGCAAGUGCCGAGGACAGGUGUCAGCGAGAAUACCUUGAACAGCAUGGCACACCCAUGUUGGUGAAGUAUGCACGUUCUGAGGAUGAAAAGCGGAUUCGAGUGUUGGUGGAUAACGAGGACUGGAUCUGCGUGGUUCCUUACUGGGCGCUCUGGCCGUAUGAGCUACUGCUCAUGCCACGCCGCAGGCAUAUUCUGCGCAUGCCCGACUUGACAGAUGCGGAGAGAACUAGCUUGGCUGAUAUCAUGAAGCGUCUCCUCACCAAGUAUGACAACUUGUUUGAGGUGUCUUUCCCGUACUCAAUGGGAUUCCAUGGUGCACCAUUCGGUGUUCCCGAUGACCAAUGCCAGCACUGGCAGUUCCACGCUCAUUACUACCCGCCACUUCUUCGCUCAGCCACGGUCAAGAAGUUCAUGGUCGGAUAUGAAAUGCUAGCCGAAGCGCAGCGUGACCUGACAGCUGAGCAGGCUGCUGAAAAACUGCGUAACCUGCCCGACGUGCAUUAUAAGCUGAGAGGAUAGGCUGGCACCAGGCAGCAGCAUAUCAACUCACUCAAUCCGACCAUUCCAUCUGGCUCUGACCAUUCGAACUGUAGGGGCACAAGUCCACAACUUAUUAUUGACUUGCUGCUAAGUAUUGGCCUCGAUAUUCCAUCUACAGUGCUGACAACUGAAAUCCGACCCCUGAGCGGUGCGCUCACAUCGCAAAGACCCAACACGGGAUUGGAAAAUUACGAAACAGAGACCGCUAGAAUGUGAAUGCACCGCUCAGGGGUCGGAUUUCAGUUGCCAGCACUGUACAUCAUGCUCGCCUUUUUUAAUAGAGAUUUUGACCCUCUAUCCCCAUUCCGGUAUUAUGAGUAUUUGGGCUGUUUCGGGGGCUGAUGACUCUGGUCAAAUUGUAGUUAGGAUGAGGAAACAUGUAAAAUUUCUCACGAAAGCUCUUUUCACUUUUAGCAUGGAGCUAGGUAGACGACUGCAUAUUCUAACAAGAUUAGAAUAAAUAUUAGAAUAAAUAUUAGAAUAAAUAUUAGAAUAAAUAUUAGAAUAAAUAUUAGAAUAUUAUUUUACUUUCCAAUGACUUGUUUUCUACUUGUUGCUGAUUACACAUACGCACACACUCAGUGUCUACACAUACGCACACACUCAGUGUCUACACAUACGCACACACUCAGUGUCUACACAUACGCACACGCUCAGUGUCGUGAGACUCGUGACAUAACUUAUAUCUAUUUCACUUCUAUUCCUUCAAGUGGCCCUGCACAUGUUCUGCAUCACCUUGCCCAUGGUGGCAGCACUUCGGUGUACGGACUUUCUUAUGCUCCUUUCUCCGAUAGCAUGGUGCUGUUGGCUUGUGUUUCAAGUUUGUCUUAGCAGCAAUCUAUUUUACAUAGGUAUUGUUUUCAUGGUCACUAUCACGAAGCUGGACCUUUUCUUCGUCAUGGAUCGAGUUGACCUUUCACAAUUCAUGUUUUCACUGAUAUUUAUCCAACACUCCUUGGCUGGAUACUGUACCGGCACGUUCAUAACAGGGAGUAGGUAGUAUUUUACUAUUUGAGGCACUCCCUGGUUCAUAUUACCUCCUGAACAAUGUCAAUUGUCCUCGAAUAAUUUCUCACAGAUGGUGACAAGAAUACCUAUGGCUCUGCUUCA